GCGGAGCGAGGCGGACCACAGGUGCGCGCCUCUGCGUCCCCUUGGCACAGCGCCCGGGAGAUGCUGGAGAGACGCCUUGCUGCCCCGUGGCGUAAAAAAAAAAGAGUUACUGUCAAAGGCAGCCUCCUUUUUAACUCCGGCUAUCACUCCGGGUCCGAUAGUUAUUAUGGCAACAGCCACGUCCAACCACUACAGCGUCCUCAGCACCCCCAGCAGCGCGCCGCCGCCUCACUCGGAGAGCGGGAGCAUGCAGCAGGCGGCGUACAGGGACGCGCACAGCCUGCUCCAGAGCGACUACGGCGCGUUGCCGGGCGGCGGGCACCCGCUCAGCCACGCGCACCAGUGGAUCGCGGCGCUGUCGCACGGUGACAGCGGGGCGCCCUGGCCGUCCAGUCCCCUGGAAGAGCAGGACGUGAAGCCCAUACUGCAUGACAGUGACCGAGAGGAGCUGCAGAACUCCAGCAGUCUGCAGCAGCAGCAGCAGCAGCAGCAGCAGCAGCAACAGCGACACCCUCACCUCGCGCACCAGCAGGCGCAUCACGACGCCAGAGCAUGGCGAACCAGCACAGCCACGACGCACAUCUCCGCCAUGGCGACGUCUGAGGGCCAGAGCCUGACGUACUCCCAGUCCGGCUUCAGUCUGAUGCCCGGGGGGGAGCCGGGGGGGAUGCACCACCACCACCCCCUGCGGGACGACGAGCACCACAGCCAGAGCCCGCAUCACCUCAGCGAGCCCGGGGGCGGGCCCGGGGCCCACCAGCAGACCCUCUCGCACCAUCACCAGCACGGCGACCACUCGGACGAGGACACGCCGACCUCGGACGAGUUGGAGCAGUUCGCCAAGCAGUUCAAGCAGCGGAGGAUCAAGCUGGGCUUCACGCAGGCGGACGUGGGGCUGGCUCUGGGAACGUUGUACGGGAACGUUUUCUCCCAGACCACCAUUUGCAGGUUCGAGGCGCUCCAGCUCAGCUUCAAGAACAUGUGUAAACUCAAGCCGCUGCUGAACAAGUGGCUGGAGGAGGCGGACUCCACCUCGGGUAGCCCCACCAGCCUGGAUAAGAUCGCGGCGCAGGGGAGGAAAAGGAAAAAGAGGACCUCUAUUGAGGUGGGCGUCAAAGGCGCUCUGGAGAGCCAUUUUCUCAAGUGUCCAAAGCCGGGAGCGGCGGAGAUCACCUCCCUGGCGGACAGCCUGCAGCUGGAGAAGGAGGUGGUGAGGGUUUGGUUUUGUAACCGGCGGCAGAAGGAGAAGAGGAUGACACCCGCGGGGGGACAGAUAGCAGGAGGAGAGGACAUGUACGGGGACACCCCUCCUCACCACGGAGCACAGACUCCCGUGCAGUGACCCCUGUGCUGUGCGUUAUUCUGCGAAAGACACGGACCCCUCAAGGAGGAAUAGUGCCUCCUUUUUGUUUCAUUCUCUGUGCUGGACCGGCCGGACCUGGAGCUACUUUAGACGCUGGCCGGACGCAAGGCCACGCAGCAGGGGAGCCGGGGUGGCACCGGGCGCUGAAAAACACACACACACACACACACACACACACACACACACACACACACACACACACACACACACACACACACACACACACACACACACACACACACACACACACACACACACACACACGCACACACACACACACACACACACACACACACACACACACACACACACCGCCAUAACUUUUGAAUGGUUUGACAAGAGAGUCGUGGAUGGUGUCAUUUCUGCUUUAAUUUUCUCUUUUUUUCUCCUUAAUCCUUCCACAUUAUUAAGUGUGGUUAUUAAGUGUGGUUGUUUAUCAGUCU